CUCUUACUGUUAUGGCUCAUACAAAAGAAGCUAAAAUGCAGAUAAUGCCAGAAACUCCAGGACGAGUCACCAUCCUGAAUCCUUUUGAAAGUCCUAGUGAUUAUUACACUCUUCAGGAGCAGAUUGUUUCCAGUCCUUCAGUCUUCAAAUCAACAAAACUCUCACCUACACCAGGAAAAUUUAGAUGGUCUAUUGAUCAGCUUGCUGUAAUAAAUCCUGUGGAAAUUGACUUGGAAGAUGUUCAACGUCAAGCAAUGUAUCUGAGUCAUGAUAGAAUUGAUAAGGAGACAGAAGACAGAAGGCAAAAAGCCAUUGAAGAGUUUUUCACAAAAAGGCUCAUAGUUCCUUCUCCUUGGACAGAACAUGAAGGAAAGCAAGUUUCACAGUUUAAUUCUGCCACAGAUCUAAAUAGCCUUUCUCCAAUUGGAAGACAGCUAACUUUGCACCCUGACAAAAGCAAUGCUGCUUGUCAGACAGUACUGUCUUUGCCGGUGGAUUUUAAUUUAGAGAAAAUACUAGGUGAAUAUAUCAGAACUGAUGAAUUUUCAGAUCAGUCUCAGGGAAAUCUGAGCUCUUCAUCACUCAGAAGAAAGCUGUUUUUAGAAGAAAAUGGAAGUGUGUCUGAGUGUUUGUCUGUUUCUCCACAUAGUCCAUGUGGUAAUCAGCCACUUGGAGUGCUUUGUUCAAUAGACAUCUCUCCAGUUCGGUGCAGAAGCCCUCUGGAAACACCUAGUUCAGGUCAGAUUUCAUCAAGUCCUAUUCAGGGAGGAGCAAGUGUUUACAGUCUGGGAAGUAUAACCAGUCCCACAUUUCCACAGGGGUCUCCUGCCCCUAAUGGUUCUCCUGCUUUUUCACCAAUUGCUUUUCACAUAAGAAAGACACCACUGUCAGACCAAAGAAAAUUCACAUUUUGUUCUCCAGAUAUUCCUUCUUCUUCAAAUAAAAUGACAUCCCCAGCUACAAGAAGUCCUUAUAUAGAUGGUUGUUCUCCAAUUCAAAAGUCUUCACCUAUGAGACUUGGAGCAUGCAGAAGAACUACCCAGUUUCAGACUUCUGUCAUUAGGAUACCAAUUGCUGUUGAGAACCACGGUGAGAAUGAGGAAGACAAGGAGAAUGCUUCUCCAUCAGAAGCUUGGUUCCCAGAAAUCGAUAAUGGAAUAACCUUAUGCCAGCAAGAUGGGGAUACUUUUACACAUGGCACACAUCUUGUGGUAGCAACUGUGUCUAUUGCACCAGAUCACUCAGAAGCUUGUCAUCAAAGGCUGUCAUCAUUUCAGGAUAUGGAAGGCUCCAAGGAAAAUAAUACUGUAGAUAUGGCUGACAUAGCUGAAGUGUCAGAGGAAAACAUUUGGAUAAAAGAAACAAUUGGCAAUAGCAAUGCACCAAUGACCAGCUUUAUGACAGGGAUUACUUUCAGUAUUGAAAACUCUCAUGUGUUCAUGUCGCCUCUUGCAGAAAGUAGCACAAUUCCUUGUGACAACAGUAGUAUUCAGGUGGACAGUGGGUAUAAUACACAGACUUGUGGAAGCAGCAUUAUGGAUACUGCGGGGGCCCAAAACAGUUGCAGAGAAAAUGAUGUGAACAUUAACGUGUUUCAGACUAAAUCUCAGCUGCUUAGAACAAAGGAGGUUUCUGUUUCAAACCAUAAGGACAGUCAGUUGCUGAGAGCAAGAUCUCCAGAGAAGCAAUGCUGUUUCCAAAAAGCAAAACCACAUUGUACAGUAUUCGGUCAAAAUGCAACUUGCAACAUUUCUGCCUGGAAACAUCAAAAUGAAAACCAAGUUCAGGGAUUUUGCAGAAACGAUAUGUAGUUCUGUGAUGGAGAAGAUUAAAUUGUGAUGUCUAAUAAAUUUUUAUGUAUAU